CCACCGGGACGCGCUCCGCUCCCAGCCCGGGGCUCGGCCAUGGCUCCGUCCCCGCUCCUGCUCCUGCUGCUCGGACUGCUGCCCCGGGCUGCUCCGCGGCUGGAUACUAGCAUCUUCUUAAUAUAUAAUGAAGAUCACAAGCGCUGUGUACUGGCUCAAAGUUCUAAUUCAGUGACUACUGCUCCUUGUGUUCAAGAAAAUGAGGCACAAAAAUUCAGGUGGGUCUCAGAUCACCAGCUUAUGAGCAUAGCAUUCAAAUUGUGCUUGGGAGUGCCUUCGAAGAAAGACUGGGUUCCCGUCACCCUGUACCCUUGUGACAAGGCUAGUGAACUUCAGCGAUGGGAAUGCAGAAAUGAGACUCUCUUUGCAAUCCAAGGGGAAGAUUUGUUCUUCAACUAUGGAAACAAACAGGAAAGGAAUAUUAUGCUGUUCAAGGGAUCUGGUUUGUGGAGUAGGUGGAAGGUCUACGGAACCACAGACGAUCUGUGUUCUCGAGGCUAUGAAGAUACCUACACAGUGAAAGGAAAUGACAAUGGAGCCCCUUGUGUGUUUCCUUUCAAGUUUGGUGGUAAAUGGUAUGCUGACUGCACAAAUGCUGGCAGAUCAGAUGGCUGGUUCUGGUGUGGAACCACCUCGGACUAUGAUGUUGACAGGAAGUAUGGAUUUUGCCCAAUGAAAUUUACUAGUAAUGAUUUGUGGAACACAGACCCUUUAACAAAUGUCCAGUACCAGAUAAACUCUGAGACAGCUCUGAAGUGGCAUCAGGCAAGAAAAAGCUGUCAGCAGCAGAAGGCAGAGCUAUUGAGCAUCACAGAGUUGCAUGAACAAACAUACCUGACAGGUCUGACUCGCACACUGAGUUCAGCUCUCUGGUUUGGCCUCAACAGUUUGAAUUUCAACAGUGGAUGGCAAUGGGUUGGUGGUGCUCCUUUCCGGUACUUAAACUGGGUUCCAGGCCAUCCUUCUCCAGAACCUGGGAAAAUCUGUGGUGCAUUGAAUCCUGGCAAAGGUGCUAAGUGGGAGAACUGGGAAUGUGAUAAGAAACUUGGCUAUAUUUGUAAACGAGGAAAUGCCACUUUAGAAUCUUUCAUUAUUCCUAGAGAGACUAAUGUGCCUAUUAGGUGUCCUCUCCAAUGGAUGUCGUAUGCUGGUCACUGUUACAUAAUUCACAGGGACCCCAAAAUAUGGAAAGAUGCCUUAACAUCUUGCAGGAAAGAGGAUGGAGAUCUGGCAAGCAUCCAUAAUGUUGAAGAAUACAGCUUUGUUAUUUCUCAACUUGGGUACCAGCCAUCUGAUGAGCUGUGGAUUGGGUUGAAUGACCUCAAGGUUCAGAUGUAUUUUGAAUGGAGUGAUGGAACACCUGUCACCUACACUAGGUGGCUUCGUGGAGAACCCACCCACGCAAAUAACAGGCAAGAGGACUGUGUUGUUAUGAAGGGAAAGGAUGGAUUUUGGGCAGACCAUUCUUGCGAAAAGAAAAUUGGCUACAUCUGUAAAAGGAAACCAAUGUCAGAUGCUCCUACAGAAGAGGAAAAUAUUGACAUGGGCUGCCAGAGAGGCUGGAAAAGACAUGGUUUUUAUUGUUACUUCAUUGGAAACACAUUUUUAACAUUUCCUCAAGCAAAUCAAACCUGUGGAAGGCAUCAGGCCUUUUUAGCAACAGUUGAAGACAGAUAUGAACAAGCCUAUCUGACCAGCCUGGUUGGGCUGAAAACAGAAAGAUACUUUUGGAUUGGACUUUCAGAUGUAGAAGAAAAGGGAACUUUCAAGUGGUCUAAUGGUGAAUCUGUCUUAUUUACACACUGGAAUUCUGAAAUGCCUGGAAGAAAGCCAGGCUGUGUUGCCAUGAGGACUGGAAUAGCAGGUGGAUUAUGGGAUGUAAUAAAAUGUGAAGAAAAGGCAAAGUUCAUAUGCAAAGUGUGGGCAGAAGGAGUGACACUUCCACCUGUUCCCACAACAACUCCUAUUCCCCGGUGCCCAGAAGGCUGGGACUCAAGCAAUCGUAUUAGCUUCUGUUUCAAACCUUUUUCCAGAGCAGAGCACAAGAAGACGUGGCUGGAAUCGCAGGCGUUUUGCCGCUCCAUCGGGGGGGACCUGGCCUCCAUUAACGGCAAGGAGGAGCAGUUUGUGAUCUGGCACUCCAUCGCAAACAAUGGUUAUUACCACCAGAAUUUCUGGAUAGGUUUAUAUUACUUGAAUCCUGAUGAUGGCUUUGCUUGGAGUGAUGGAUCUCCAGUGAGGUAUGAAAACUGGGGCUUUGGAGAACCAAAUAAUUAUCAAGGAGUUGAACUUUGUACAGAGAUCGGUGGUGAAUCCAGCAUGCUUUGGAAUGACAGGCACUGUGAUUAUAUGUAUGGAUGGAUUUGCCAAAUAAGAAAAGGGGCAAGUUUGAAGCCUGAACCAACAGAAUCUCCUACACCCGAAUACAAGACCACUGAGGAUGGAUGGAUCAUACAUGAAGACAAACAGUACUAUUUCAGCACGGAGACUGUCCCUAUGGAGGAGGGUCGUGAGUUCUGCAAAAAGAACUUUGGAGACCUUUCUGUCAUCGAGAGUGAAAGUGAAAGAAAGUUCCUCUGGCGAUAUAUUUUGAAAAAUGGCAAAGAGGAUGCAUAUUUCAUUGGUUUACAACUGAGUAUUGACCAACGAACGAGCUGGAUGGAUGGCACUCCAGUGAAUUAUUUGGCAUGGGCACCACAUGAACCUAACUUUGCAAAUAAUGAUGAAAACUGUGUUGUUAUGUAUAAGAAUUUAGGGUUUUGGAAUGAUAUAAACUGUGGCUAUCCAAAUCCCUACAUAUGUGAAAGGCACAACAGUUCCAUUAAUUCAACUGUUCCUCCAACAACAAUUCCAAGUCCAAGAGGAUGUCGUCCAACCUGGCUUUCUUUUCGUAACAAGUGUUACAAAAUAUUUGGAUCUACCGAAGAGGAGCGUGUUACUUGGCAUGCUGCACGAACAGCUUGCAUGAAUUUAGGAGGAAACCUGGCCUCGAUCCCUAAUGAACAAGUGCAAGCUUUCCUUACCUUCCAUUUAAAAGAUUUUGCCACUGAGACAUGGAUUGGAUUAAAUGAUAUAAAUCAUGAGAUGAGGUUCCUCUGGACAGAUGGAACAGGGGUUUACUUUACAAACUGGGCCAAAGGCUUCCCGGCGGGCCAUAUGGGUUUAUAUGCGUACAGCGGCCAGGCUGAUUGUGUUGCCAUGAAAAACAAAUCUGUUAAGGAAGCAGGGAAGUGGGCUGAUCAGAGUUGUGAUAACAGCAGAGGAUAUAUAUGCCAAAUUAAUGCAGAUGCUGAAUUUCUGCCUUCUACAACUUCAUCCCCGUCCAACAUUAUCCGUUAUGGGAAUAGUAGUUACUUGUUCAUCCACACCAGAAUGACAUGGGAGGAUGCACAGAAAAACUGCAAACAAAAUCAAUUUGACCUUUCCAGUGUCUUAGACCCCUAUAGUCAUUCCUUCCUGUGGCUGAAGAUAUUAAAGUAUGGGGUGCCUGUGUGGAUUGGUCUUAACAGUAAUGUGACCAAUGGACAUUAUGAAUGGAUUGAUAACUGGAGAAUGAAGUACACGAAAUGGGCUGAAGGGGAGCCAAAGCUAAAACUAGGCUGUGUCUAUCUUGACAUUACUGGAGUCUGGAAGACAGGAUUCUGCAAUGAAAGUUACUUCUCGGUUUGCAAAAAAUCUGAUGUUCAAGCUCCCACUGAGCCCCCUCAGCUUCCAGGAAAGUGUCCUGAGUCAGAAGGACACAGAUCUUGGAUCCCUUUCCGAGGCCAUUGCUACUACAUUGAAUCUUCAUCUUCUAGAAACUGGGCCCAGGCAUCUUUAGAAUGCCUUCGACUAGGUGCCUCUUUGGUCUCAGUUGAAGACUCAGCUGAAGCCAACUUUCUGACCUACAACCUUGAACCACUUGAAGGCAAAACAUCAACAUUUUGGACAGGAAUGUACAGAAAUGUGGAUGGACUAUGGUUGUGGCUAGACGGCAGUGCAGUGAAUUUUGUCAACUGGAAUGUAGGAGAACCCUCUCCUCAGCAAAAUGAGCACUGUGUUGAAAUGUAUGCAGACUCUGGGUAUUGGAAUAAUUUCUAUUGCUCUUCCUACAAAGGAUAUAUUUGUAAAAAGCCAAAAAUUCCAGCAACUGAAAUGCCACUGGCAUCUGAAAUGCCACCAGCUGAAAUACCUACAAUGGCAAUGACAAAAGAUGAGAAGGCUUCUACCCUAAACCACAGCAAAACGGGAAUUAUAGUUAUUGUUGGCAUCAUCAUCCUAGUUGGAAGUGGCCUUGCAGGAUAUCUCUUCUACAAAAGAAGAAAGAAUUGCUUGCCAACAAAUGACAGCUUUGAGAAUAAUUUGUAUUUUAAUGGUGAUGCAGUUCCUGGAAUUAGUGACACAAAGGAUCUUGUGACCAACAUAGAGCAGAAUGAACAUGCAACACUGUAAUGUAACAAAAGGAAAUGUAAUGUAAUAUGUAAUAUAAAAUGUAAUGUAAUAAAAUGUGCCUUGUUUUAUUAAAAUUAUGCAAUUAGAAUGAAGCCAAAGGUAUUUUCUCAUGUGCAAUUACUGUACUAGCCUGUUUCUGUGUGUGUGUAAUGUCAAAUACUGCAUUAAUUUUAUUUUGUAGCCAUUAUAUAAAGUGAAAGAUUUCAGAUCUCAGGAUUUGGUAUCACACUGGUGAAUGUGGUUCUUAAGAAAAGUGAUAAUGUUGGCUAAUUAUUAAAUGCAACCAUAGAAAUGGAUAAAAUAAAUAAAGCAAAAUCCAAGAGCACCGUGAAUAACACACACAAGAUUUGAGGUUUUUUCAUCAGAUUUGUUUCAAACCAUGUUAAUGAAUUCAAAGGUAUUCAUUAAACAUCAUCUAAUUUUAUCAUCUUUCAAGUAUUCCCAUGGAUUUAAGUACAGGCAUAGUCACUAGAGAAUAAGACUGUAUUUGGAAAAUUUCCCCUUUGAACCACAUGGGCAAAAAGACCUUUGUGAUAUUUCAGUUCCACAACGUCGUACAACACAGAAAACCAAGACUGGAGUACUUGCAGUUUAUGUAUUCUAGGAUUUUAUCAGGUGAAAUCUGGGGGCAGAUCUCUGGAGUGGAAAAGUGUGGUUGAUAGUAGCUGCUAGUUUUGGCUGGCCACAAGUGGGUUUGUGGGCGAGGGGUGAUGAAGGUCAUGGCAAAACUUCCUUCUUACCAGGCAGCAGUUACUGGGGAGAGGGAGGAAGAUUGCCUGAGCAUGUUCUGGAGCUUUCUUGGAGCAGAAGGUUUCUGCAGAGCUGUUAUGGUGAUCACAUGUUGGUUCUGCUCUCUACAGCUUCUCAAUAAGCAGCAUAGGUUUGUGAGAUGUGUGCUGCAAGUAAAGAACCAUUUAACUUUACCAAUAUAAUAGUUACCACUGAUUUUAUUUGCUCUCUAAAAUGGUUAAAUCAGCUACU